GUAUAUAUGUACAUAAUGAAUAUAUAUUCAAAAGAAGAAAUACCAAACAAUGAAUAUUUUCAGAUCAUCUUCGCCUGCCUGGCCGCCGUCGCCCUCGCCCGCCCUCAGAAACCCGACUCUGAGGCCGAGACCGUUUUGGACGAGAGGUCCGACAACGGCGACGGCAACUUCCAGUACACUUUCCAGACCAGCAACGGCAUCAGCUCCUCCAACACUGGCACUCCUGGAUCUGAGGGCCAGAGCAACAUGCAGGGAUCAUACAGCUUCCUCCUUCCCGACGGAACCACCGCCGAAGUCAGCUUCGUGGCCGACGAGAACGGCUUCCAGCCCUCGUCCGACCUCCUGCCCGUCGCCCCGCCGCUGCCUGAACACGUAUACGAACUGCUCCGCAUUGCUGAGGAUCAGCGCGCAAGAGGAAUUACCUUCGAUUAGCUGGCUCCUGAUAACUCGUGCAGACGACACUUGACUCUUUUCAAAUUUCACUGUAAAUACACUCUUAAGUCAAGUACUUCCGGCAGUGAUGCAUGUAUAUAUCGAUUAUAUAUGCUCUCAUGUGUGUAUUUGUCUGGUUUUAUAAAUAAAGCUGUUUGAAAAUG